GAUUUCUAUGUUAUUUUCCCUGGCAUUGCUGUUUGUUUUGGUUGUUUCUUCAAGUGUAAAAAAAUUGUAAAAAUCCCACAAAAUACGAUUCAGUUGGAAGAAAUUUCACAUCCUGUCUGGAGAUAAGGAUCAACGAAGGAACAAAGGAGUGAAAUAUUUGCAAAUAAUAAGGAAGACCAGAAGGAAUCCCAUAAGAAAUGGCUGAAGGAGAUAAAUUGGAGGUGCGUGAGAUUACAAGGAUUGAGCGGAUUGGUGCACAUUCCCAUAUUCGUGGCCUUGGGCUCGAUGAUGUGCUCGAAGCGAGGAAUAUUUCACAAGGAAUGGUGGGUCAGAAGGAUGCCCGGAAAGCAGCUGGAAUAAUUGUUCAAAUGGUGCGCGAAGGAAAGAUUGCUGGGCGAUGUGUUCUCAUUGCUGGUGAACCGAGUACGGGAAAGACUGCUAUUGCCGUUGGAAUGGCUCAAGCUCUGGGAUUGGAAACACCAUUCACCUCAAUGUCCGGCUCUGAGAUCUACAGCUUGGAGAUGAGCAAGACAGAGGCCCUCUCGCAGGCACUGCGAAAGAGUAUUGGGGUGAGGAUUAAGGAGGAGACGGAGAUAAUUGAGGGAGAAGUUGUGGAGAUUCAAAUUGAUCGCCCCACCACGGGAACGGGUCAAAAGGUCGGCAAGGUGACGCUGAAGACAACGGAAAUGGAGACAAAUUACGAUUUGGGCAAUAAGAUUAUUGAGUGCUUCAUGAAUGCAAAAAUUCAGGCUGGUGACAUCAUUACCAUCGACAAGGCGUCCGGAAAGGUGAAUAAGUUGGGACGGAGCUUCACGAGGGCUCGUGAUUAUGAUGCCACGGGUGUUCAGACACGCUUCGUGCAGUGCCCGGAAGGGGAGCUGCAGAAGAGGAAGGAAGUCGUGCACACAGUCACCCUCCAUGAGAUUGAUGUGAUCAACAGUCGCACCCAUGGGUUCCUUGCACUCUUCUCCGGUGACACGGGGGAGAUAAAGCAGGAGGUGAGGGAUCAGAUAAACAACAAAGUGGCAGAAUGGCGCGAAGAGGGCAAGGCAGAAAUCAAUCCGGGUGUUCUCUUCAUCGAUGAGGCUCACAUGCUUGAUGUGGAGUGCUUCUCCUACCUCAAUCGUGCCCUCGAGAGUGACAUGGCUCCCGUGGUGAUUAUGGCCACAAAUCGAGGUAUCACACGCAUCCGUGGCACGGACUACAAGAGCCCCCAUGGCAUCCCAAUCGACCUCCUCGAUCGCAUGAUCAUCAUCCGCACAAUUCCGUACACAGAGAAGGAAUUCAAGGAAAUCCUCAAGAUUCGCUGCGAGGAAGAAGAUUGCCAAAUGAGCUCCGAUGGAUUGACGGUUCUCACGCGGAUUGCCACCGAGACGAGCCUCCGGUAUGCCAUUCAGCUCAUCACGACGGCAAAUCUCCUCGCGAGACGCCGCCGUGCCACUGAAGUGACCAUUGAGGACGUGAAGAAGGUCUACACACUCUUCCUCGAUGAGAGUCGAUCCAGUCGCAUUCUCAAGGAGUACCAGGAUGAGUAUCUCUUCAAUGAAGGAGGAUCUAUCGGUGGGAGUAAUACAAAAGUAACACCCAUGGAGGUUGGCGACAACUAAAGACGUCUUUUCCUGGAGGAUUUUCUCUUCUUCUUUUUUUUUUAAAUACGAAUUAUGAAGAUUUGAGUGGAUUUCCCUUUUAUAUUUCUCACUUAAUUCUGAAUAAAAUCUUCAAAGAAUUGAGAAAAA